CGUAUCCCUGUCGGCUGAAACUGUGAGAAAGAGUUUGUUUUUUCGGAGAAGGGGGCAAAGCAGAAGAAGACGAUGCGGCACACGGUGGAGGUUUCUGAGUACGUUGGUGCUUUUCUGUAAAUGAGCGACGGCUGUACCGCGGCGUUUUGUUUUGAUUUCCAUGUGAAAUGCAAUUAGUGCUCCGCGGUGCUCGCUAGUUUGGCUCGCGGAGCGGAGCACACUCUGAACUUGUUUCUCGCCUCGGGAGCACAACAUGGAGCAUUAUCAGGAAGAUUUGGGGCUCCGGGCCAGUAAAUUGAUGGAGGACCUUUCCUUGUACGAUGCAUAUAAAGACGGGAUGUACAAUUCGAGGAGAGACUUGGUGAUUAACCCCGAUUUAGACUUUUCGGCUCCGGCAGUAGCAGAGCAUAAAAGUAAGCCAAUGAAUGGUACCUCUGUGCUUCACCAGCAGCAUCACACAGUAGAGAAUUUCACGUCUGGAAAUAAAGUGUACAACGCGGCUCCAGUGCGCCCAGUGAAUUGCAACCGGACCGUUCCUGUGGAUUUUUGUGCCCCUCAAAGAGACGCGGUUUAUAGUGAGGAGGGCUGCUGCACCAAAUCCGAAGUGGCUUUGCCGUGCUACACGGGCGCUUCCGAGAGGCACAGGAGGUACUCUCUGGAGGUGCAGGGCCACAGGUAUAGCACCGGCUCCGCCUUCGACGGCGUGCCUCUCAACAAACCGGUGGCUCUCCCCGGCAACAGGUGCAACAGUGUCUGCAUCACCAGCAGCCACGACGGGAGGUACAACGCCACUAGUCCUCGGUCCAGCCUGGCAUCUUCUCUGUCUUCUCAGGAGCAGAGCAAGCAUGCCAGCCCGAGGUCGAGCAUCAGCAGCCCGCGCACUAGUUUGGUGGUACCGGGUCAGGACAGGUACACGAGCCCCAGGUCUAGUUUGGUUCACUGUGAGGGCAACAGUGUCCUCAGUCCCAGAUCCAGCUAUGCAAGCACCGCCAGCGACACGAGUAAACACUCCAGCCCCCGGGCCAGCCUCAACAGCUGUGACUGCUGCAGCAAGCCCAGCAGCAACCGCACCAGCGGCAUCAGUAUGGGCUACGACCAGAGGCACACCAGCCCCAGGUCGAGCACGGCGAGCCAGUACUCCUUCACCACCAGCCCGAGGUCCAGUUACUCUGACUCACGGUACGGGCCUGUGGUCAACCAUGAUCUGGAGGGGGCGAUUUUACACGCAGCGCCGCUGGCGAGUCCUCGUUCGAGCAUCUGCAGCCAGGACGGGAGCGCAAGACCGGGGACCACCGCAAACUGUGUGGUCAGUCCCCGGUCCAGCAUCUCCAGUCACAGCUCUAGAAGUUCCCGCAGCUCCAGGGGGUCUAUGAGCACCUACCCUGAUCUGCAGCUGCCCUCACCCAGGUCGUCGAUGCUGGGAAGCAGUUUACACGAGGAUACGCUGCUACAGGAGUUUGGAGACUCCAACGGGAUCCAAAAUCGCAUCCAUCUCCAGGGGCUUUCGGCGGUGCCUGAGCCCCAACAGCAGUCAGUUCAGACGGGAGGGACUGCGGAGAUGACCGCGGGGUCACCAUCAUCAUUUAGUUAUGGGAUGUCCUCAAAAACAGCUUCCUCGGGCCAGAGGUUUAAGCUACCUUACCAGGUGACCCCCAGCCGAGACAGUGGGCCAAGCCAGGCAGAGAGGCGGCUGGAGGCGCUCACCCUGGAGCUGGAAAAGGAGUUAGAGAUGCACAUGAAAAAGGAAUACUUUGGUAUCUGUGUCAAAUGUGGGAAGGGUGUGUAUGGAGCCAGCCAAGCCUGCCAAGCCAUGGGGAACCUGUAUCACACAAAUUGCUUCACCUGCUGCUCCUGUGGGAGGAGGCUGCGAGGGAAAGCGUUCUACAACGUCAACGGGAAGGUUUAUUGUGAGGAGGAUUUCCUGUACUCUGGUUUCCAGCAGACGGCUGAGAAGUGCUUCGUGUGUGGUCACCUCAUCAUGGAGAUGAUCCUCCAGGCGCUGGGCAAGUCCUACCAUCCAGGCUGUUUCCGCUGUGUGGUGUGUAAAGAGGGUCUAGAUGGAGUGCCUUUCACCGUGGAUGUUGAGAAUAACAUUUACUGUGUCAAAGACUACCACACGGUUUUUGCUCCCAAGUGCGCCUCCUGCAACCAGCCUAUCCUUCCAGCCCAGGGCUCAGAGGAAACCAUCCGCGUUGUCUCCAUGGACAAGGACUACCAUGUGGAGUGUUACCACUGUGAGGACUGUGGUCUCAAGCUAAACGACGAGGAGGGGCACCGCUGUUAUCCACUGGAAGGCCACCUGCUCUGCCACAGCUGCCACAUCCAUCGGCUCCAGUCACAGGUCCCUGCCCACCCGCCCCCCAGCUAUCCCCUCCAUGUCACUGAGCUGUGA